UAACAUAACUAGCAACUACCAGCUAACCUGGCUAGCUACAUGGGUCGCCUUUGAUUUAUUAUAUUUUCGGAAUUUCAAACCUGAAGGAAACAAAAACAGGAUUCAUAGACUGUACAAAACGGGACACAACAUUACGGUCACAGACAGUUAUCGUGGCCUCUUCUUGCAUCCAACUGGCAGGCUAUUUUGGCUAGCUUGCGAAGCCAACGAUAGCAAACUGUGCCUUGGCUAGCGUCAGGCUAGCCAGCUAGCUAGCUAGCUAGCUACUAACGUCGCUAACGGUGGUUAGCUAGCUAGCGAGCUGUAGUAACUUGCGUCAUGGAUGAACUAGUCGUGGAAGUGAGGGGAACAAGUGGGGCCUUUUAUAAGGCCUUUGUGAAGGAUGUUCACGAAGGAUCAGUCACUGUAGCGUUUGAAAACAAUUGGCAGCCAGAGCGUCAGAUCCCAUUUCAGGAUGUGCGAUUUCCUCCUCCAACAGGGUUCUGCAAGGAGAUCAAUGAGAGCGAUGAGGUCGAGGUAUAUUCCAGGGCUAAUGACAAGGAGCCAUGUGGAUGGUGGUUGGCCAAGGUUCGCAUGGUCAAAGGAGAGUUCUAUGUAAUAGAGUACGCUGCAUGCGACGCUACAUUAAAUGAGAUAGUGACACUGGAGAGGUUACGGCCAGUCAACCCAAAUAAACCAGCCACAAAAACCACCUUCAUCAAGAUCAGACUGGAUGUACCCGAGGAUCUACGACAGAUGUGUUCCAAGGAAUCGGCACACAAAGACUUUAAGAAGGCAGUGGGAGCGUUCAGUGUCAUCUAUGACUCAGAGAAAAAGCAGCUUGUCAUACUGUCAGUGAAUGAGGUCACAACGAAGCGGGCCAACAUGAUGAGUGACAUGCACUUCAGGAGCCUCCGCACCAAACUGUCUCUCAUGCUGAGGAACGAAGAGGCCAGCAGACAACUGGAGAGUUCCAGACAACUGGCAUCACGGUUUCAUGAACAGUUUGCAGUCCGGGAUGAUUUAAUGGGUCUUGCCAUUGGGACUCAUGGGGCCAACAUCCAGCAAGCUCGUAAAGUCCCUGGAGUCACUAAUAUAGACCUGGAUGAAGAAACGUGCACUUUUCACAUAUACGGAGAGGACCAGGAUGCUGUCCGCGUGGCCAGGAGCUUCCUGGAGUUCUCUGAAGAUGUCAUCAAAGUUCCCCGGAACUUAGUAGGGAAGGUGAUUGGCAAGAACGGUAAACUGAUCCAGGAAGUUGUUGAUAAGUCUGGUGUGGUGCGGGUUCGUAUUGAGCCUGAAAACGACAAAAAGCCCUCAGCAGCUGCAGCAGCAGCAGCAGACGAGGGCAUGGUUCCAUUUGUAUUUGUGGGGACCAAGGAAAGCAUCUCCAAUGCUACAGUACUGCUGGACUACCAUCUCAACUACCUUAAGGAGGUGGAUCAGCUACGUCUGGAGCGUCUUCAGAUUGACGAGCAGCUGAGACAGAUAGGAGGAGGAGGCGGAGGAGGAGGAACGGGACCUCGAAACCCUAAAGACAAAACCUACGUGUUCGAUAAUGGCAUGGGGCUGGGUAUGGGCAGAGGAGCAGGAGGAGGUGGAGGAGGAGGAAAGCCGUACACAGGAGGGGGAGGAAGAGGUGGACGAGGGCGAAGAGGAGGAGGUGCAGCUUUCGCCUCAGGCACCAACUCAGAGGCAUCCAACGCUUCAGAGACUGAGUCAGACCACAGAGACGAACUCAGCGAUUGGUCGCUGGCCCCCACCGAGGAGCUGAUGACAGGAGGCGGAACCCUGCCCAGACGAACAGAUGGGAGGAAGAGAGCAGGCGGCGGAGGACCAAGGGGACGAGGCGGGAGAGGAAGAGGAGGGGGAGGGUAUAAAGGUGACGACAUGCAGUGGAGCGAGCCAAGACCUCGUCAUGUCAGAGACCCCAAAACAAGAGGGCAGGAAGACACCCUACAGAUCCGUGUGGACGGUAACAACGAGCGUAGCGUGCAGCACUCGUCAGGGGGGCGAGGAGGAGGAGGGCCUUCCUCCUCGCAGGGUGGUGUCGGUGCCAGCGGCGAGGGCCCGUCCCGUCAUCAUCAUCAGAGACCCAUCAGAGACCGAGGGAUGAAGAAGGACAAACAGGACGCUCCUCCGCUGGUGAACGGAGUGUCGUAGAUACACCACUGGAGGACCUUCUCACUUAGACACACACACAGGCAACUGGUCAUAAACCAUUGCAGAGUCUCAGUCUCUCUCACUUUUUCUUUCUCUAUCUUUGUCAAACACAUGAAUACACAUAUUUCUUCAGCAUGGAAGGUUCCCGUAGUGAAGUCGUAGACCAGAGGCCAUUUGGCGUCUGCUGGUCUGCUCUGUUGAGGUCUGGUCUGGUCUUUGAGUGUCCUGGUCUGGUCUCUUCUUGACUGGUAUGGUAACUUGGGUUCUUCUGUGGAGUGACAAAUAAAAUAAUCCAUACUUUUUUGGACAAAAGGAAAAGAAGAAGAGGGAUUUGACUAAAGCUCAUCUCUCACAGAGGCAUUAACCCCAAACAUACUCCCUCCACAUCAACAGCAAAUAUUUGGGGUUUUUUUUUUUUAAUCAGCCAAAUUGGAUGAUUGAAUUUUUUUGCCACUGCCCUGAAAUUGCUCAUGUGAGAAAAAAAGUCAAAGAAGAAAUGAGGAAUUACCACCUGCCACUUCAGACGGCAGAAUGAAAUGUGUGUUUCUUCCCUUAACAUCUUAGAUUAAUUUUACUGAAAAAUGGGGAAUUGUAGAGAUGAUUUAUCAGCACACAAUUUUAAGAGGUGGCAUCUGGGAGUCAUGCAUUUAUAAUGUAACUACACUGAUUGAGAAAGUCAUUUAGCCUCUUUCAGGUACAUUUCCAGAGAUAAUUAAUAAACUGCAAAAUCCAAAACCUUUUUUGAGAUGUAUUUUGGUGUCACCAAAAUAAUUUCUACAUAUGGGAAACACGCACAGCCGGGCACUUAGGAUUCACCCAGCAGUGAAUGAUUUACCAGUCUCAUUAUUGAAGUUGUGUUGUUUCCUGUUGCCUACAAGAUGUAAAAAUCCCUCAUUCUUUUUGACUGUUGGACCAAGCAUGAAAGUACAGGAUGUAACGAUGGAGAAACAUAAAUCUGAGGCACUUUGAUGCAAAUACACUGUUUAAAAAAAAAAAAAAAAAAAAAAAAAAAAAAAAA